AUGCAGCAUGGGGAUGAGGAGGAGGAGGAGGAGCAACAUCCCCUCCUUCCAUCAAAAGUGGUCCCUCCCCCUCCUGCUUUUGGCAACCAGUGCGGAAGAAACUACUCAUGUCAAAAAGGGGGAGAUCACUCAGUGUGGCUCGAUGGAACCCAGUCAUCACCCACCCUCUCAUAUUACAACGGCUGCCAAUAUGUGUCACCCUCACCCCGCUCCUCACCCCGAAGGGGAGACAAUGAGGAAAAGGUUAGGGGGAAGGAGGUCCACAAGGAAAAGAGAGGCAAGAAGCCAGCAGGGAAUGAACAGAAUGCAGGGCACAAGGAUCAGAUUUGGGGGAGUAAAACCAAAAAGGCAAGCCCACAGAGGCACCAGCAGGACAUGACAUCCACUCAGUCACCCUACAAAGGACUCUGCAUGUCUCAAAUGGACUUAAGGGAGACAGAAAGUGGGCCACCCAGUGAAGGAGGUCAAAGGCUAGAGGCCCCAUCAAUGAAGAUGCAGGACCGCCAGAGUCUACCUGAGAUCAUCAUUACAACCAAAGAUGACUACCAGCCACAUUCCCCCAACCAAACACCCAGCUCUGACAAGAAUCACCCGAAGUCUGAGGCCAAGGGCGCCUAUGGUGGAGGUGAGGAGACCAGUGGUGCGCAUCCCAAGGAUGGUGUCCAUGACUGCCCUCACAAGAAGACCCAGAGCAUCGGUCGUAGGCUGGUCCGCCGAAGGGCGCUGUUUGAGAGGAGGCAGAGGCUGAAUGACUGUGCACUCGCUGUGGGGAUGUUUGGAGUGGUGGUCAUGAUCACCGAGAUAGAGCUCUCCUGGAGCGUCUACAGUAAGAUCUCUAUAUACUCUAUGGCUAUGAAGUCUGUUAUCAGCCUGUCCUCUCUCAUCCUGCUGUGUCUGGUCAUUGCCUACCACAUCUGUGAGGUGCAGCUCUACAUCCAUGAUAACGGAUCAGAGGACUGGCAAAUUGCCAUGACAACGGAGCGUGUGAGCCUGAUCGCCCUUGAGCUGUUUGUUGCGGCGGUGCACCCGUUCCCAGUGGGUCUCCCAUUGUCAUGGCAAGCCAUGUCCCCCACGCUGUCAGAGACGGAGCUGGAGAUCGUGCUGGCUCUACCCAUGUUCCUGCGACUCUACCUCCUGGGUCGUGCCUUGAUGCUGCACAGCCGACUCUACACAGACACCGCCUCGCGCAGCAUUGGCGCCCUCAACAAGAUCCACUUCAACAGCCGUUUUGUGGUCAAAACCCUGAUGACUAUCUACCCUGGCACUGUGUUGAUGAUCUUCAGCGUCUCUCUGUGGCUAGUUGCUGCCUGGGGCCUACAUGUCUGUGAGAGACACCACAACUAUAAGGACCUGAGCAGUAACUACAUGGAGGCCCUGUGGAUGGUCUCGGUCACCUUCUUGUCCAUUGGUUACGGGGAUGUUGUUCCCCACACCUACUGUGGCCGCAGCAUCUGUCUACUCACUGGCAUCAUGGGGGCUGGUUGCACAGUGCUGGUGGUUGCCGUGGUUGCCAGGAAACUGGAGCUGACUAGGGCAGAGAAACAUGUCCACAACUUCAUGAUGGACUCCCACUUUACAAAAGGGAUAAAAAUUGCUGCUGCAAAUGUACUGAGAGAGACUUGGAUGAUCUACAAACACACCAAGCUUGCCAGGAAGAGAGACCACUGCAGAGUACGCAUGCACCAGAGGAAGCUGCUACUCGCCAUCCACCAGCUGCGUGAUGUGAAGAUGGAGAGGAGGAAGUUGGCUGACCAGGCCAACACGCUUGUGGAUCUCUGCAAGAUGCAGGAUCUGAUGUAUGACAUGCUGUCAGAAGUGAGUGGAUUACGAGGGGACCUGGAAACACACAUAAACAGUCUGCAGCAGAAUGUGGAGGAGCUGAGAGAAGGCUUCAGGACUCUGAUACCCCUCCUCUCCAGCACCCUCUCCACACAGAACUCUUCCAUCCGCCACCUGCUAAGGGAGAGGGAAGAGCAGGCAGACAUGGAGAAUGGGAGGGCAGGAUAG